AUGAAGAAGAGGCAUGUUGACACACUUCCGAGUCACUAUAUUUUACCUCGGUGGGCGCUUAAUGCUAGGUAUAAGGUGGGUAAACGUAGCAUCGGACUCAAAGAAAUGAAUAAUGAAAAUGGAGUUAGUGCUUACACGUUAUGCUGUGUCCGUUCAAAUUUUAAUAAAGUAAUUGUACAAGCAAAAGACUCCCCUUCAGAAAUAGAAAAUGUCAAUAACAUAUUGAUAAAGCUCUUACAAGAUCAAGCAAUCCGGAAAAAACCUAUACUAGUUGAGAACGUAUCUCAAGGUUCUUGUGUGAGAAUUUCACAAGGUGAUAUGAUUCCUCAGUUAUCUGUAUGA